UUCGAGGAGGCUCAAACACGGCGAGAGGGGUCACUGGAGGAAGGGAGCAGAAGGAAAGAGAGAAUCUGGAGUCCUGCGGGUUAAUUCUGAGCUCCAAUCUCCAUGUCUAAACAUUCAUGAGCCUGGAGGGGGCAGAGCGGCAGGAGCUGAAUGGAUGGAGCGGCUCAGCGCUCAGACACGAGGCAGAGCUGCAGUCUGAGCUCGACCGCACAGCUGAGAGGAGGUACGGCGAGGGAGGAGGUCCGUCUUCACCUGAAGAUUACCGUCUGGCACUUCCCUCGUCCAUCAGGAGAGGUGUCACCUCCGGAUCUUUGUCUGCUCGGAGGACUUCUCUGCUGGAAGUCUGUUCAGGAAAGAAGUCUUCAGAAAAGUGAGGAACCUGCUGGAUUUGGGGAGAUUCAGAUCUGAGAUCGGACGGAAGACGAGCAGCAGAGCUAACAAAGAGAUCUGGAACUCCCAGAACCACUCGGUGUUCUGCCAUGAGAACCCGUUUGCACCUCCGGCCGGCUGUGACCCGGUGGGUCCCUCUGACCCUUCUGAUGGUGCUGCCUCACAGCUUCGUCGCUGAACCAGCAGAGGGGAACCCUGGAGGCUCCGCCCUGCUGCAGAGGGUGAAGCGAGGCUGGGUCUGGAACCAGUUCUUCGUCCUGGAGGAGUACACCGGACUGGAGCCGCUGUACAUCGGGAAGCUGCACUCGGACAUGGACAAAGGCGACGGAUCCAUCAGGUACAUCCUGACGGGUGAGGGCGCCGGCACCACCUUCACCAUCGAUGACAGCACCGGAGACAUCCACGCCAUCCAGAGACUGGACCGGGAGGUGAAAUCGCAGUACGUCCUCCGGGCCCAGGCCCGCAACCGCCUGACGGACAUGCCUCUAGAACCCGAGUCCGAGUUCAUCGUCAAGAUCCAGGACAUCAACGACAACGAGCCCAAGUUCCUGGAUGGGCCGUACCAGGCAACGGUACCGGAGAUGUCCAAAGUCGGAACGCCAGUGAUCCAGCUGACUGCCACAGAUGCAGACGACCCCACGUACGGCAACAGCGCUCGUGUGGUCUACAGCAUCCUGGAGGGACAGCCGUACUUCUCAGUGGACGCCAAAACCGGAAUGGUCCGGGUGUCUCUGGCAGACAUGGAUCGAGAGACCAGAGAGAACUACACCGUGGUCAUCCAGGCCAAAGACAUGGGCGGACAGCUGGGGGGGCUUGCGGGCACAACCACCGUCAACAUCACACUCAGCGACGUCAACGACAACUCCCCCGUGUUUGACCAGAGGCUGUAUCAGAUGAGCGUUUUGGAGUCAGCCCCUGUGGGGUCGGUGGUGGGUCGGAUCUGGGCCAAGGACCGGGACGUGGGGGUCAACGCAGAGAUGAAGUACAGGGUCAUUGAUGGGGACGGGAGGGACACGUUUGACAUCAGCACCGACCCCUCCAAUCGCUUUGGUAUCAUCAUGGUGAAGAAGCUGCUGGACUUUGAGAAGAAGCCCAGCUACACCCUGAAGGUGGAGGGAGUCAACACCCAUCCGGGCCCGACCUUCCACAACCCCGGGCCCUUCAAGGAUGUCACCAUCGUGCACGUGAGUGUGGAGGACGUGGACGAGCCCCCGCUUUUCGACUCAGAGGCGUACUUCAUGGAGCUGCCGGAGGACGCGGAGAUCGGGACGGUGGUGAAGACGGUGUCAGCGCGGGACCCGGACGCUGCCAACAACACUGUGAGGUACUCCAUCGAGAAGACCAGCGAUCCCGACAAAUUCUUCUACAUUGAGCUGACGUCUGGGUCCCUGAUGACGGUGCGUUCGCUGGACCGAGAGGAAAUCAGCUGGCACAACAUCACUGUCCUCGCCAUGGAGAUGAAUAACCCCUCCCAGAUUUCCAGCGUCUCCGUGGCUGUGAAGGUCCUGGACGUCAACGACAACCCUCCAUCCCUAACGCACUAUCUAGAGACGUAUGUGUGUGAAAACGCUAAAGCAGGACAGCUGGUGGAGACGGUGACGGCGGUGGAUCCAGACGAGCCCCCAGCCGGACAACACUUCCACUACAGCUUAGCUCCAGAAGCCGCCAACAACCCCAACUUCACCCUGAGGGACAACCAAGACAACACGGCGUGGAUCCUGACGCGCCGCGGCAGCUGGUCGCAGAAGGACCAGACCAUCUUCUUCCUGCCCAUCUUCGUCUCUGACGAUGAGCAGCCGGUGCAGACCAGCACCGGGACGCUGACGGUGCGCGUGUGCAGCUGCGACCACGAGGGCAACGCCAUGUCGUGCAACCCGGAGGCCUACAGCCUGCCCGCCAGCCUCAGCAGGGGGGCGCUCAUCGCCAUCCUGGCCUGCAUCUUCGUCCUGCUGGUGAUGAUUCUACUCAUGCUCUCCCUGCGGAGGCAAUGGAAGAAGCCGUACCUGUGCGACGAGGAGGAGAACGUCCACGAGAACAUCGUUCGCUAUGACGACGAAGGCGGCGGCGAGGAGGACACAGAGGCCUUCGACAUCGCCGCCAUGUGGAACCCGCGCGAGGUGCACCCCCGAGGGAAGACCAGGCAGGACAUGCUGCCGGAAAUCGAGAGCUUGUCUCGCUACGUGCCUCAAGCGUGCGUGGUUGGCGGCGGCGGCGACGGGAACGUUCAGGGGUACGUGCUGGCGAAGCUGCUGGAGGCCGACGGGGACGCCUGCGCCCCCCCGUACGACUCGCUGCAGACCUACGCCUACGAGGGCGACGGCUCCAUCGCAGAGUCGCUCAGCUCGCUCCAGUCGGGGAACUCCAACGCCGACCACGAGUACGACUACCUGAACGACUGGGGGCCCCGCUUCAGAAAACUGGCAGAGAUGUACGGCGUGGUGGAGCCCCACAGCCCCCCCGUGUGGUAGGAGGGCAAACAGCUCCGCUCCACAUCAUGACUGUCCUGCAGGAGCCCAGAGGCCUGCAGCCCGGGCAGCUGGGGGCAGGAUGACCCACUAGCGGCGGUGGGGGGGGUCUUGGUUGAAAGAAUUACAAGAAAGUCGUGCCGGAGAUGAAAACUACCCUCAGUUUCUGUGGUGGACACACCUGUGUCUGUCCACACCGGUUUUAGUGAACACUCAGUGGGUAAGCAAGCUACGCUAGCAAGACGCCUGGCGGAUAGUGUAGCAUGCUAGCUAGCUCUGUUGUAUCGAGCUAGUGAGUGCCUCUGUGGAAUGCUAACAAAUUUAACUGUAGUGAGCUAGCGAGCUCCAUUGUAUUGAUCUAGCGAGCUCUGUUGUAUCGAGUUAGCUAGCUUUCCCGAGCUCCGUUGUAGCAAGCUAGCAAGGCCGCUGAAUCAAGCUAGUGAGCUUUGCUGUUUUGAGCUAGUAGGCGGUGCUGUAUCGAGCUAGCAUGCUCCUCUGUUGCGAGCUAGCAAGCUCCUUCGUUGUGAGCUCCGCUGUAUCAAGCUAGCAGUCUCCGCCGUAUUGAGCAAGCAUGCUCCUCUGUUGCUAGCUCUGCUGUAUCAAGCUAGCAUGCUCCUCUGUUGCUAGCUCCACUGUUUCAAGCUAGCAUGCUCCUCUGUUGCAAGCUAGCAAGCUCCUUUGUUGUGAGCCCCGCUGUAUCAUGCUAGCGAUUGCCGCUGUAUUGCGAGCUCUGUGGUAUUGAGCUACGAGCUCCUCUGUUGCUAGCUCUCCUGUAUCAAGCUAGCAAGCUCCUCUUUUGCGAACUCCAUGGUAUCAAGCUAGCAAGCGGCGCUGUAUCGUGCAAGCAAACUCCUCUAUAGCGAGCUAGCAAGCUCUUUUGUUUUGAGCUCCGCUGUAUCGUACUAGCGAUCGCCGCUGUAGCGAGCAAGGGAGCUCUGCUGUCCACCGGGCGGCUGGCUAGCAUAGCAUGCCUACACACUCAGUGCUCACUUAAGCCUAUGUAGACCAACACAGCUCUGCUCCACAUCCAUGACUGUCCUGCAGGAGCUCACAGGCCUGCAGCAGGAUCUGCUGGGGGCAGGCUGACCCACCAGAGGCGGAGGGUCGUCGCCGUGCUGGAGAUGAAACCUGGAGCGAGACGUCUUCAGUUUUUGGGUUCAAAUCCGGCUCACGUAACGUUUGUGUUUAACUUAUUUGGCCUCUUCAAACACUGUGCUCCCGGUCACAUGACCAGAAUCCUGCGGAGGAGGUGCUGUGACUUUUUCUCCUGUUAUUUUUAUCGUUUUUUUACCUUCUUGAACUGAACUUUCACACUUUGGUUCCACUGAUUCACACCUGGUUCUGACUCUGCAAAAAUCCUGUCAGGAAACGUGCAGCGUGGCGGUCAGAUCCGGACAGAAACAUCCUUCACCUCAGUUUCUACUGAUCGGCGGGAGUCUGACACGGCGCUGCUCCUCACAAAUGUGGCUUAAACUUCCAAUCCUGGGCGGCAGAGACUCGGAGAACCAAGUGCCAAAUGUCAAAAGACAAAACACACCAAGGCUAAAAGAACAGUGGGAUUGAAGCAGUCUUUGUUGAAUGUGGACACUUUUGUAUUUUUCAUAAUAAAAGGUUAAAACACGA